GAAGAAGGACAAGGUGGUGGUGUUCCUCAAGGGGACGCCCGAGCAGCCCCAGUGCGGCUUCAGCAACGCCGUGGUGCAGAUCCUGCGACUGCACGGCGUCCGCGACUACGCGGCCUACAACGUGCUGGACGACCCGGAGCUGCGGCAAGGUAUUAAAGACUAUUCCAACUGGCCUACCAUCCCGCAAGUGUACCUCAAUGGCGAGUUUGUGGGGGGCUGUGACAUCCUUCUGCAGAUGCACCAGAAUGGGGACCUGGUGGAGGAACUGAAAAAGCUGGGAAUCCGCUCUGCCCUGAUAGAUGAGAAGAACCAAGACUCAAAGUGAGGGCUCCAGGUCCUCGCUGAGCAGAGUGCCCUCUUCAUCACAUUCGCUGCCAGAAAAGCCUUACCGAGUCAUGUCCUGUGCUGUGGGUGCUUGCACUGGGCCUCCAGCCUUGCAAGCAGGCAGUGGUUUUACUUGGCCUUUGGCUCAGAAUCCCCUAUGGUGAACUUCCUUGUAACCACUGCCCUGUAAAUUGGCAUUGUAAUCCGGUGUUGCUGUAACCCAAAUUUGUUCUUAUAUUGUCUUUUAUUCUCUGCCUGGUUCAGGAGUCAUUCCUGACUCUUGUGGGUUGGGUUGUAAAGAUGGCAAAACCCCCUGAUGUUUUUGUAACUUCUUCUAUAAGGGAAAUGAUGAACAGAGAAGAAAAUGUGAUGGCUGGAGUGUUGUUGUUUUUUAAAUAAAUUGCCAACACAGAC